AUGGAUUCUGCACCCCCAAGAGGUAUCGAUGUUUCGCGGCCCUCUGUCGCUCGAAUGUAUGACUUCUAUCUUGGCGGAAAGAACAACUUCGAGUCGGACAGAGCCGCCGUCGCAGCAGUCAAGCAGGCACUCCCCAACAUCUUCGAAAUCGCCGCAGAAGGACGUCACUUUCUCCGCCGCGUGAUUCGAUACAUGUGCUUCCAGGGAAUCGAACAGUUCAUCGACAUCGGAUCUGGGCUACCAAGUGCAGACAACACACACCAGGUUGCUCAGAGAGUCAACCCUAACGCUCGUGUCGUGUAUGUGGAUAUUGAUGAUGCAGCUGUCAUUCAAGGUCGACAGAUACUCAACGGAGAUCCUUCCACGGCAUUCAUACAAGGAUCGGUUCUGGAGUUGGAGCCCAUCUUGAACCACCCCGAAACGCGCAACCUCAUCGACUUCUCCAAGCCGGUCGGCGUGGUGAUGAUGGGGCUCCUCCACUUCUUCGAUAUACCCACCGACCGCGCUAUUCUCAAGCAACUCCACGAAGAUCUUGCUCCAGGGAGCCUAGUAGGCUUCAGUCAUGGCGUUUUGGACUACCAGAACGAGAAUGCUAUAAAGGAAGUUCUCGAUGCUUAUGCGAGGACGCCUACGCCGCUGAUUAUGCGAACAAUGGACGACAUCAAGAAGAUCAUGGAGGGAUAUCUUGCGGUGGAACCGGGACUUGUUCUGAUGCAUGACUGGAAGAUGGACAUGGCUGAGGAGGGAGAGCCUGAGCCUCCGAGGACACUCAUCUGGGCUGGAACGGUGUUGCGUAUCUGA